UAUAAUUUAUUUUAUGACAUUAGAUCGAAGAGGAGAGAAGAAAUUCGAGUGGUUUUGAGAGUAUAUACAAUAAUGGAAUGGAGGAAGUGUUAUCUUGAUGUACUAUUGGUGCCAUUAUCGUUUAUGAUUACCAUCGGCUAUCACCUUUGGUUAUGGCAGAAGGUUCGGACUCAACCACUGUCUACCAUAAUUGGCACUAACAACCAUGGACGCCGAUUGUGGGUAUCCACCAUUAUGGAGGACAACGAUAAGAAAAACAUCUUAGCCGUUCAAACACUUCGAAACACAAUUAUGGGAGCAACCUUGAUGGCCACGACAUCGAUACUUCUAUGCUCGGGUCUAGCCGCUGUCAUUAGCAGCACUUACAGUGUAAAGAAACCAAUCAACGAUGCCCUUUAUGGGGCUCAUGGAGAAUUUAUGGUAGCAUUGAAAUAUGUGACCAUGUUGCUCGUACUCCUCGCGUCUUUCAUGUGCCACUCGCUAUCAAUCAGGUUCAUUAACCAAGUUAACUUCUUGAUCAACUGCCCACCGGAAUCAAGGUUGACAUGUGAGUAUGUUUCGGAGCUUUUAGAGAAAGGAUUCACGCUUAACGCAGUGGGGAACCGGAUUUUCUACUCUGCUCUUCCGCUCAUGCUUUGGAUUUUCGGUCCCGUGCUUGUGUUUUUGUGUACGGUCACCAUGGUGCCUGUGCUUUAUAAUCUUGAUUUUGUCUUUGGAAACAUGAAGGGGGAGAAGAUGGGUGAUAUAGCAACUGGGGUGUAAUAGUAAAAUGUAAGCUUGUGUUGUUUUACACAUGUUCUACAAGAUAUAAGGGACACUAUUAAUACUAUUUUCUCACAUAAUAAUGCAACAUGUGAAGUGUUUGGCAA